AUGCAGCGCCAUUCGCCGGUGGUCAUCGAGCAGAACGUCAGCUACACGCGAGGUGAGUAUAUCCUGCCGUCGCCGCCAAAACAACACGUGGCGGCGCCCCCGGAAGUCCAGGCCGCCGCCGAGUCGGACGAGGACUCCCGGUUCCUCCGCCUUGCACACGAGGCGCUCGUGGCCACGUCCGCGGAGUCCAGCCUCAUCGUGGACCCGACCAUCCAGGAUCUCCUAGCGCGUCUCCAGUACGUGCUGUCGCCGCACGGGAACCCCAUCAAACACUCGGAGAGCAUCCAGCUGAACGAGAGCGGGCAGCUCAUGAUCCAAAGCUUCUACGAGCAGUUCCCGGACCUCAGCAACAAUUUCUUCAUGGACGGGCCGGACACCUCCGUGUCCAGUGGCAAGAGCGCCGACUGGGUCUUCCCGGUCGAAACCGCGGCCACGAGCCUGGGCUCGGAGUUAAGCGAUGCGGCGGGCCAGCGGCUGGCCCGGCCCGCUCGCAAAUUCCCAUGCCGGGGCUGUGACAUGCUGUUCCGCCGGUCCUCGGACCUCAAGCGCCAUGCCAAGCAACACUUGACGGUGCCGGCGAACAUCUGCACGCAGUGUGGCAAGGGCUUUGCCAGGCGGGAUGCACUCAAGCGGCACACGGGCACAUUGACGUGCAAGCGCAACGCGGAGAAGAGGCUUUACUACACGAAUCUUGGUCCGGGCGAAAGGUGA